ACUGAAUUAUAUCAGUAAAAGUUGAAUUUAUUUUUUCUUGGAGAAUGAUUUUAUUACAGAAAUUUCCUUGUAUUCAUUAACAGUUAUUCUAACAAGAUCUUUACUCUCUCUCUCUCUCUCAAAGUACAUGUUUUGAAAAUGAAAUAAUUAUAGAUGAAAGUUAAUUGAACUUAUUCAAUUAAUUUAACAUUCAUUAACAAGAUUUAUUUUUAAUGUUUCAAUGAAUUAUUUAUUAUAUAAUUUGUAAUUAAAUUUCUAUAUGGAUAAACAAACAUAUCAAAAAAUUAAUUAUUAUUCAAAUAUACAACAAACAAAUUAUACAUUUGAUGUAGCUAAAGAAAUUUUACCAGUUAAAUUAUUAAUUAUUAUAUUAUAUUCAUUUAUUACAUUAAUAGGUGUAACUGGUAAUCUAUUAGUUGUAUGGAUUGUAUUACGUGUUAAAUUAUUACAAACAAUAACUAAUAUAUUUAUUGCAAAUUUAGCUAUUUCUGAUAUUUUAAUGAGUCUUGUAGCUACACCAUUUACACCAUUAUCAUUAUAUAUGAAUGAUUGGACAUUACCUGAAGCUGUAUGUAAAUUAUUACCAACUACUAUGGGUGUUUCUGUUUAUGUAUCUACAUUAACAUCAAUGGCUAUUGCUUUAGAUAGAUUUUUUGUUAUUGUACAUCCAUUUUUACCAAGAAUGAAAGUAUGGUUAUGCUUUAUUAUUAUAUUUACUGUAUGGAUUAUAGCUGUACUUAUUUCAAUGCCAUUAGCUGUUUAUCAACAAAAGCAUAAAGAUCCUAUUAAUAAUGUAUCAAGUUGUCGAGAAAAUUGGCCUAAAGAAUCAUCACGUGAAGUGUUUACAAUUGUUAGUUUCGUUUUACAAUUUGUUAUACCAUGUAGUAUUAUUUCAGUAUGUUAUUUUCGUAUAAGUUUAUUAUUACGCGCUAGAUUACAUACACAAAUUGGUAGUGGAACUAAAACACAAAUGAAAGAGGAACGUGAAAUAAAACGUAAACGUCGAACAAAUACAAUGUUAAUAGCUAUGGUUGUAAUAUUUGUUAUGUGUUGGAUACCAUUAAAUAUUUUAUGGAUGGUUAUGGAUGUACAUAGUGAAGAACAAAUAAAUGAUGUACAAAAUUCUAAACAUUUCACUUUAAUAUUUUUUAUAUGCCAUUUAUUAGCUAUGAGUAGUGCUGUAUAUAAUCCAUUUCUAUAUGCAUGGAUGAAUAGUAAUUUUCGUAAAGAAUUUCAUCGUAUUUUACCAUGUUUUUUUUUAAAAUCAAAAUUUUAUACAAAUCAAAUUACUACACAAACUAUUGGUGGUGAAUAUACAGCUAUACGUAUAAAUUAUCUUAAUUCAACAAAUCAACUACCAUCAACUAUUCAUAAAACUAAUGAAGAAUUCAAAGAGACUAGUCAAAUUUUAUCAAAUAAAUUAAAUUUAAAUCAUAAAUCACAACAAACUAAUAAAAUUAAUCUUGAUAAUGAAAUCAAUAGCAGUAAUAACAAUAAUAAUAAUAAUGAUAAUGAUAAUACUUUUAUCAGUCAUAUUGAUGAAACAAAUAAACAAUAUGAUGAUAAACAAUUGAUACAUAGAACAGAAGUGACAAUUUGUCAUAAUCCAUCAAAUGAUAAUUUAAACAAAAUUAAUAUAAAUUUAAAUGAUCAAAUAGAAAUGAAAAAUAUAGAUGAUAAUGAUAGUAAUGAUGAUCAAUUACUUGAAAAUACAAAUUGUUCACAAACAUUGAACCUUGAAUGAAUUUCUUUUUUCUUUUUUUUAAAAAAAAAUUUGGCUCGAAAUAUUUACAGAUUUUAAUCAUGAUAAGCAAUUAAAACAAGAAAAUUAUUUUUUUUCUGUUGAAAUUUCUAUAUUAUACAAUAUAACUUACAUCUUUAUGUUGUUAUUGACAUGCCAAAAAUUAUAUAUAUAUAUGUAUAUUUAGUUUUUUUGUGUUUUUUUUAGUGAAUCUUGAUUAACUGACAGACGGAGUAUUUCAUACUUAUUUACUAUACUAUUGAAUUAAUGAAAUAAAAAUAAUUUUCUAG